AGGAAUGCAUGUUGUGUACUACAUGUUCUUGGGUGCUGGCUCACAUACAUGCUUCUAUGUGUGUGUAGGUCUAUGUCUGAUGCUGAAUGUCUUUCUGGAGUGUUCUCCACUUUCCACAUUGAGGUGCGAUCUCUGACUGAACCUAAGGUUCACUGUUUCAGCUAGUUUGCUUAGCCAGAUUGCUCAACAGAUUCCCUUUCUCUGUCUCCUGUGCACUUGGAUUACAUUCUGCCUGUCAUGUCCACUUGACUUUUCUGUAGGUUCUGGGGACCAAACACUCGUCCUCACUCUUGCACACCAAAUGCUUUACUCCUCUCUCUGUGUCUACAGCCCCCUAGCUGUGCUUAUUUACAUUACAUAUGAAUAUACUGCCAACUGUCACUUAAGAAUGGUCCUUUGUUCUGGGAUAUAUGUCCAUAGGCCACUUGGUCAUGUGACACCUGUGUUCUGAGAAAAUUGCAUCAGUGGUAGCCCAUUGUGUCAUAGUAUGAACAAGAUGUUAUUUAAGCCAGCUUAGAAGGCAGAAUCCCCUGCAUACCUGACCAUAUGGUGUAUAGAGCAAGCAACUUCUAGACUGCAGUCCUGCACAAAUGCUAUUCUGAAUGCUGCAGGCAACCAAAACUUAAGGGCAAGCACAAUGCCAAAACGGCACAGAAAGGUUUCAGCUCAGUUACCAUCUUACCAAAGGUCCAUGGUUAAUUGUAACAUCAUGACACGGCACGUGUAACUCUGUUUGCAUAUGGAACAUAUAACUAUAAAUAUACCAUGGGUGUGCAUACAAUGUAUAUAAUUAAGUUGCAAUAAGAUACAUGGAAGGACAGAAUAGCAGGUAAGGUCCUGAAUUGGACAUGGGCGGGCCAGGUGUUAAGGGAAGAGCCUCUAAAGGGAUGUUAUCUGACUUUCUUUAAAGGACAUUGAAGAGUCUGCCUGAGGAGUAAGGAAGGGAAAUGGGUACCAUCUAAGAAGAGGGGACAGGUGGGCUCCACCUUGGGUGGUUGCCUGUGAGGUGGUACAGUGAGUGAAUAAAUGGAAAGAGGUAAUUGUUGUAGGAGAGGAAAGGAUGGACACUAAAUGCUGCAAGGGCAGCAUUGUCUGCAGGGAACCAGGCAACAAGACAACAUUGGGACUGAGUUCCUUCCUAUCAGUGGCUACCCUGAGGAACAUAUAGAGAUGAGGAUUCUUGACCUCAGUGGGAGCCCGAGUGGGACUGUGCUGAGGGAGCCCUGCUUCCUUUCUUGUUGGUUGUCCGUCUCAGCAAAGUUCUACAUAGUGUGGAGGACAAUGUUCUCCUACAUGACUUCAGUCACGAGGUGAGGGCUCUUAUCUGUGGGAACCAGAGUGGAUGUUAUUAGUUACAUAUGGCUGCUGAGUCAUUAAAUGACUCUACCAGCAGCUAGUGUGUUCCAGAGCACAAGGAAGGUCAAUAUGUUUGAUGGGUAACAUGAGGAAAAUGAUUAAAUGUUUCCAGACUACUAUGCAUGUGAAAUCUUAUAUAUUAACACAUUCAUGAACACCACCCAGUAUGUGUGUGCUAUGCAGUGGACAUUCAAUAAAUGCAUGUUGCUGUUAACCUGGUUACCAUCUUCCCUAGACACAUCCCGGCUGAAGACAAACAGCAUUUAUAUUCUCAUUGGGGUCGCUGUGGUCUUCCUCCUUUGUCUUCUCCUCUUCCUUCUCUUCUGCUUGCACAGCCACCGUCAGAAAAAGCACGGGCUCCCAAACAGCAAGAGCCAGGAGCACAGUCUGCAAAAGAGGCUCAGCCUAGUUACUAAAGGCCUGGAGAGCACACCAGACAUAGUCACAGAUGACUUGCUUCCUGAGGACAAAAGAACAGAAACCUUGAUCCCUGAUGCAGGAGGUCUUCAGGAGGUGACAUAUGCCCAGCUGGACCAUCAUGCCCUCACACAGAGGACAGUUGGAGAUGUGACCCCAUGGAGCACAGAAACCAUGACUGAGUCCAGCACAUAUGCAGCCAUCAUCAGACGCUGAGUCUGGGCACACCUGGAGACACACAUAGUCACUAUUGGAAAAACCCAAAGCAGCCAUUAAAAGGUUCCUUUUGGAAUCAACCUGGUGUGGAAAGCUAGCCAACCAGUCCUGCUUGAGGCAGAAACUGGACCCUGGAAGCCCCUGUUCCCCAUCUAGGAGCUGUAUUGUGUAGGUGGUAGUAUCAGUCCUUGGAAAAGACUGUGUUGCAGUAAGCUUCAAAGCCCCUUUAUAAUCACCUAGUUGUUUUCAGAGACACAGUUAGAGCCACUUACCUGUUUCUACAGACUCUUCCAUAGUCCAGAUUAUUUAAUGAACAGCAUGAUUUCUCUCCUUCUACACCCCCAUUUUGCAAUGUGCCCAGUGAACUCUAAAGGCUUCCUUGGAUCCCCUGCUGGCUCUGGCUGGAUUGUACUCAUGCAGCUGAGAGCUAAGGUCCUUCUCUGCAUCAGGCUUCAUGGGAUGCAUCAUGGGAAGUUUUGAAAACGGAACAUCAAGGGCGCAUCAUGGGUAUUUCUAAAGAUGGAACAUCUACAAUUUGUGCUGGUCUCAAACACACAGCCCCUGAGAACCAAAAUUCUGCCUUUAUUGGUUUCAUAAAUGAGGGGAGAAAUGGGGGCUACAACGGAUGCUUAUGAUUUCUUUCUUGAUUAA